AUGGCGCCUCAAAAUCAAUUAGGGAAACGCGUGAAACUUACGCAGGUUCGCCGACCUUUUAUCGUAGGAAGUACAGCGAAACCAUUCUCCGAGACGAAUCCGCGACCGGCAGGAAUACCUGAUAACCACACGCAUUCCUGGCAGGUUUUUGUGAAAGGUCUCGAUGACACUGAUAUCACAUACUGGCUGCGCCGAGUGCAAUUCAAGCUUCACGAAUCUAUCCCGAACUAUGUGCGAAUGGUGGAGGGUGAACCUGGAAAGCCUUUCAUAGUCGAAGAAACGGGCUGGGGAGAGUUCGACAUCACGAUCAAGCUCUAUUAUGUCAACGAUUCGGGGGAGAAGCCCCAAACAUUAUACCAUUACCUCCGUCUACAUCCAUACGGCCGGAACGAAGAAGAGAAGCAAGCUAUGAUCGCUUCUAACGGAGAGAUCCGGUCUUGGUCUUACGAAGAACAGCUCUUCAACGAACCUUACGAAGUCUUCUACAACCUCCUUACCCAAGGCGCUGUACCGAAAGGAUGGAAGCCUAGCGGCGGUAAGGGCAAGGGCAAAACACGCGCACCACCACCUUUCCCGACGGACAACAACGAAGUUUGGGAACACUCGGCAAUGAUACCAGCGCAUAAUCGACCUGGACAACCAUUCAGUCUCGAGACGGAGGCAGCUGAAAUACGCAAGCUAGCAGAGGCACAAGCGCAAGCUGAGGAUAUGGCUAAGAAGAUCCUCGCUGAGCUUAAGGCCAAAGAGGACCUGCUUGCUAAGCUCAAGGGGGAAAACCAGGCUGCCGCUGCCGCUGCCAAGUCAUAG